GAUGAAUUUGCUGGUAUCUUGAGUGAAGAUAAUGAGUCCAAUGAAGAGAAAAGUGAAAAAGAGACUGACGAAGAGAAAAGUGAAAAAAAGACUGAUGAAGAAAAAGAAACAAUCCUCGUAUAG